CCGCCUUCCGCUUGCAGCGGCUCCAUGGACCCCAACCUGCGGUUCUGGAGGACGGAGGGCCAGUCUUUUUUCCAGAGGUUUCUUCGCUGGGUGGACGUCUUGGAUCCCCUGCUGCUCCUGAAGUCCUCCGAUGAAAUAAGAAGAACCAGGUUAUUGCUACAAAACAGUGGAAAGACGCUAAGUGAGCCCAUACAGAAUGAUCAGACAAAACAAGCCUUCCUACUAAGCCUGUCCAGUGUACAUCCUGAUACAGACAAGAUAAUUCCUGUUUUGUUUAGACCUCCAGCCUUCAUGCCCAUAUCUCUUCCAUUGGUUAUUACUUCAUCUCUUCAGCACCGGGCAAAGCAAACUUUUUUUAGUCAGCUCGUGUUUCACAUGUAUACCGCAGGAUUUGCCCUAGUAAAUGGAAAUGGUACCGCAAAGGCUGAAGAGUACUCGCUUCAACAAAAGCAGAUCUUCUGCGGCUUGGGAGCCAUUACCUAUGCAGCAUGUAUUGGUGCUCUUCCUCUUGUCUUCAUGAAUCGAUACACAUUGAAGAGUUCGUUAACACAACUAGUCGUCAAAAAACUUCUACCUGCUCCUCUCUUUGGCUUGAUGAGUGCAUUUACUGUGGUGGUGGUGAGAAGCCCAGAAUUUGAGAAUGGAAUUGAAGUGAUGGACAGCAAUGGCAAGGUUGUAGGAGUGUCACAGAAGGCUGGUGAGAAGGCCGUUAAAGAAACAGCAUUGUCAAGAGCAGUCUUGUUUGGGACAACAUUCUUCCUGCCAGCUGUGCUUAUGUACUUUGUGGAAAGAGCAAAAUUUGCAAAAACUCCACAUGCUUUGGCUUCAGUGAGAAUGUUUGUGGUGACGUCAGUACUAGCAGGGAUGCUACCAGUCUCACUUAGUAUGUUCCCGCAGUGUGGGGUGAUUUCUUAAUCUUUUAUGGCAACAAAGGUAAACUGAGCAUAAAUGAGGGGACUUGUGAGAAAUUAUGUACUGAGAGUAUGGCUGGUUGGUUCCCUUUGAGCUUCACAAUUGCUCAGCCCACAGCAGAAGUUCUCCUGGGUGAGUCACCCAAAUACAUUUACAGUUGGACUCUAUGAUCUUUGAAGGUCUUUUCCAGCCUAAAUGAUUCUAUAGUGAAUGGAGAUAAUGUCACUAAUGCUCUGUUUAGAUCUCAGAAGUACCUCUAAUUUUAAAUAAAACAUAUUUCUUCCCUUAUGUGUGUGUGUGUGCAUGUAGGGAAUGUCAGAGAAGCAAAAAAGAAAAGAAGCCCCAAAACAAACAAAAAAUCCCUCAAGCCCCCAAAUAAACAAAGAACUCCAAAUCCCAUACAGUCUUGCUUCUGAACACAGUAUUUCAAGUUGUGCAAAGUUCAAUGCAGUAAAGAGGACUUAAUAUAUACUUACCAGGAUA